GAGGUGGCAACAGUGGCGGCGGGGCGAUUACUUAUUGUUGGCUCGCUGUUCAACUCACCUUGGCGCACGGCUCUUGGUUAUGUUCGUAUCACCGUUCCCUAUUCCAUAAACCCCCUAUCUUCCAGAGCAGCAGCCUUAGGGAGUAGUCUGGCAAGGUUGAUGAGUGAGGUGACCAGGAAGGUGUAGACAUGGACACCAUUUUGGCUGGUCUGGGAUGCCAACAGAGGCUAAUGGAGGACGAGAGCUCUUUGGAUCUCACUGGACCUCAAGCCACCUCUACCGUCGCUCCCAAAGUGACCAGAGACCAGCUCAACAGACACUACCUCCAGACCCUGCAGGAGGCUAGUGAGGGUUCCUCGGAGGAGUUUCGAUCCCUGCGCUCCACUUUGAAAGAGGGAACUCAAGGGUCCUCAGGUAUGGGCAUGAUGAUGGCCCUGCCCCUCAUUGACACUGAUGCCAUGAGUGGUUUGUCAUCCAGUAACUUCCUGGUGGAACACACACAAUUUACUGCUGAGGCAACAAAAGACCAAGAGCAAGAGCAACAGUGUAGGGAAAACCAGAGCCAGGAUGUGUCAGAUUUGCACUGGGAUGUUCUGCGUGAAGAAGAGAAACACCCAGGCUUGGAGGAGGGAGGAGUCAGGGAACUACUUCCUUAUGACACCAAAGAGAAUGUUAAUGAGACUGAGAGUGAACUUGCUACUGGCUUGCCUUCAUUCCUGCUGAAGCCUCAAGAGUUAAUGGAGGAUCAGGACCAGCAUUGUCUGGAGGGUGGUGAUGCAGCAGACCUUAUAGUCCUCACCUCACACCUGGAAGUGGCUGAUCUUGGUCAUGACGAAUUCUCCACCAGUCAGGUGCAGUUUGAUGCCAGCCAGAUCUCUGCACGCUCCACCAUCCAUGAGGGAAGCCACAAGGCACUGGAGGUAUCAAAGCUGCUGUCCAACUCCUGCAAUUCCCUUGGAUCCAUGGACGGUGCAUCUGAUCACUUCUUGACCCACCAACAGGCUGCCGGGGCACAGGAUGAGGAGUGGCUCGAGGCCCACCAAGAGGAGCUGGCACACUGGAUGGACAAUGAACAGUUCUGCUCGCCUGAUUCACUGUUUCUUGAGGAGGAUGAGAAGAACUACCUUGAACAUAACAAAUUUUGUUUAGACCUGGGCCCUGCUUCCUCCAGAAAUAGCCUUGACGCCUCCUGCUUCUCUGGUAUUCAUGGUGUCACUGAGAUCACUGUCAGACCAUCAUGGAUUGGGAGUCCUGAGAGGGAGCUACUACGUCCUGGUAACCACAUGCUGGUGGAUGAUUACUUGCAGGCCCACAGUGAGGCCCUGGGUACCCUCGGUGCAGAUAAGGAUCCUGCUAAUAGGCCCAAUUUUGGGAAUGAACUGCAUUCACCUCCCACCGCCACAAGGACCCAGGCCCUUAAUGACGCAUCAGUGGGGGAGGAAAGCACCACCUUGGAUGGCUCAGAAUUCUGCAUAGACAAUUCUGCCUCCUCAACCAUCAGCAAAGAUUCCAGAGUAAACUCACUGGUGUCUGAGGGAAGACCGGUUUCCACCACAGUCACUCUAGCCAGAGACCAGAGUGGAGAACAAACUCAUGUGAAAGAGGUGGUUCAUCAAGUUGAGGAACUAGAAGCCAGUAUUCAUGGUGCUAAGCAGCCUCUGGAAGCAAGUACCAUCAGUUCUCUUCUGUAUCGAGCACUGGCAACAAAUGCACCCAAUGAUCUAGUGGGAAGGAUUCUGCAACUUACCCAAGAAGCUCCUGUCUCAUCUUCAUCCCUCGAAAUGACAGGACUAGAUGCCAGUUUGGAAGUGAUGAAACUUAGACAGAUAAAGGAGGAUAUUGCAAAAGAGAAGCAGAGAGAGUCAAAAGCCUCUCAUCCUCUUGGAAAAGAAAAUAGAGGCAGGGAAGAAGGGAUCAAGCCUACAUCUGUUCCUGAUAGAAAGCCCUUGCAAAGUAUGACUCAAAUUGAUCAGUGCCCACCACUUGCACUAUCUCACAAGCACACAAAAUUGAUGGCUUUUCGAACUAAUUCUGGUCCAGAAACUAUUUCUCAAACCUGUCAGGGAAAGAACGAAUCUAAUCCUGUGGAAACUCUGGAGGGGGCUCAAUACGCAUCCAAGCUUGUUGAUGACACCACAAAGCUUAUGUUGCCCAGUUUCAGUCAGGUCAGAACAACUGUCAAAUCUUCUACUCCUUGCAUCCCAGUCUCUGAUUCUAUAUGCAGGGAACCCCUCUCCUCUGCCGCCAAUAACCAUCGUCCCCUUCCCAGGAUGGGUGUCCGGUCUUCCACUAAAAUGACAGAAUUUGGAGUGUCAGUGUCCAGAGCAGAGAGUGAGAUAGAUUUGAAGACCACUACCUCUUGGCCAACAAGUGUGUCAUCUCAUCCAACCACCAUCACAACUAACGCAUAUGCCAGGCCCAGUCACCACAAAGAUGUACCUCAGUCUUCUACAAAUCACAUUGGUAUGAAUGUUCCUCAGCAUGUGAUCUUCCCAAAAGCAUGUGUGGGUAUGGCCACCUACACCACCCUUCCCCUCCACAACUCUUCUUUACGCUGGCUUCAGAUCUCCCUCAGUCUUAUGAAGGAAACCUUGGAUGGCAGUGCAUGUGUGGCUUCAGUGCUGCUCUUCCAGGAAUCACAUAUGCUGAAGCCACAGGGUAAAUGUGAUGUGAGACUAGGAGUGUGCUGCCCAGUGGAGGGACAGCUAGAGGCCCUGUUAAAGAUAGAAGUUGGGGAGCUGACACCAUCUGGGACUCGUAACAUGACCAAAUCUACCCACACAGUUGUCGUUACUGCCACCAUCAUAAUGCCUGAGGUGGAGGUGCAUUGUGAAGGUGGACUGGACUGUGUGGACUUUGGGGUGGUAGGGGAGAGCUGUUGUUUGUCCCAUAACGUAACCUUGGUUAGCCAUUUCCCGCAGCCUCUCCCACUCCUGUUGCAGCUCCAUCAGGUGGCAGGAAGUGUCCCCAUCUUUUGUUGGGAAGAAAACAAGAACAAGACAGGAAAGGUGGUAUCGGCAUCUCACUUAUCAUGUGAACUAGCUCCUUCCACCCCUACUACUUUCUCUCUCACCCUUAGAGCUCCACAACUUGAGGGAGUAGCAGUCCCCCAGAGUGGAAAGAUACAAGUGGGGAGCAUCUUCAAUGUUCUGCUGGACAGCCCAGCACCUUCGUCCCUCACUCUGGCCUCCUACCCCAUCAAGGCUGCCAUAGGUGUUAUAGAACUGCAGAUCCUGCGUACGCCUGAGCCUCUGGUUGUUGACACACACCCACAUGAAAGUGGCACCACCCAAUUCACCUUGAAGAAUGCCUCGUCCUUCCCUCUCCACAUCAGCCUUUCAGUCAAGGACAACUCCCAGGCUUUCUCUGUCCAGCCAGCCAGCCUCACCAUGCCUCCUGGAGGCCAUUCCUUCCCUGCACUACUCUUCACACCUGGUGCUUGUGUAGGCACACUCAACAGUGAAUUGGUGAUACAAGUGGAGCCAGAAGGCAUGGAGUUCAACAUAGCCGUAUCUGGAGUCUGCCUUGCCCCGUCCUUGCCUCCGUCUCCUGCCGCGUCAUCAGGCUCUAACUCAUCCCACAGUACUGGAGCAAGCACCACUGCCUUGCCUCCUGAAGCUGCCACUGCUGCUGCUUCAGUUUCUGCUGGUGUCCCAGCCACACUGGCUUCCCCAACCAACAAACAGCUACAGAAGAUUCACACGUCACUGGCAAAGUCCAGCAGUGCACCAUUGUCUGAGGUGACCUCCAGCCCUCCUCUGAGUGAGAAGAAUAUUUCAUCAGCCUUGCAGAGCAAACAAUCUCGACUGGUGUUCGGAACAGUGGCUGUGGCCACCACAAGCUGCCUCAAAUUGGUGCUGAGGAAUAAUUUCACCUCUCAGAAUCUUCCUCUGUCUGCCACCAUCAUUGGCAGCCAGGCCUUCAAGGUUUGUGAGGAUGGGAGUGAGAAUGGCCAAGAGAAGAUGAAUAUGGUAUUGAAGCCAUGUGAGGAGUUGGCUCUGUCAGUGCUGCUGCAACCCACAGCUGUGGAGUCGUUGUCUGCUACCCUUAUUUUCCGCCACCGCAGUUCCAGUCAUCCAUUUAAGUGGAAGAUUCCACUGCAAGGAUACGGAGGACAGGGGGAGUUGGUGGUGAAGGACAGCAGUGCAGGCAAGCCUUUCAUCCUCAAGGAUCUCUCCCCUGGAUUACCAGCAUCCUACAAACUUCCAUCACAAACACUGGCCAUCGUACUUUAUUACUUAUCCUCCAGAUGUUCUCUGGUAAGCACCGUCAAACACCAGCACCAGCACCAGCACCAUCUUGCUUGUAAGAGUAGAGAACAUGUCAGAAAUGUAGUAAGGUUGUUGGAUGUUGAGAGGAAGGUGGGCGUGUGUCUGAACAAUACCUGGAAUAGGGGGAGUCAUAAGCAGUGUAAGGAAGUAGCAACAGACCUUUCAGUGCAGCCAACUCGAGUGGUAGUAGGUGCUGGAGAGACACAUGAAGUGUACAUUGUGGCCAACAGCACCCAGAGUCAGCUAGCGCGGACACCAGGCCUCAUUGGGAUGCUUCAGGUUGUUUCAGGGGAGAAGACCCUGUGGCAUAGAUACCAAAGGAUGAAGAACAAGGAAGUGAAAGCUCGCCAUAUCAACAACCCUGACUUAUUGAAAAUCAACUGGUUGGAAAAGUUCAGUGAACAAAAAGGGCAGCAGGAGCCUGACAUCCUGCCACCACAGCCUGAGGAUGCUGUGGUGUUUUUCAAUGCCUGCACUACUACACAGGUAGAGGUAUGGGGUGAACAGCGGCCAAGUGAAGACCAUUCACUCACUGUCUUUGCCAACCUGGCAGGGGAGCAAACAGUGGCAGAUCUCACUAUGACUCAGAUUGAAAGAGUGGGCAGCUGUGAUUCUAAUAAAAUGCAAAGCAUUCCCAGCCAGCUGUCAUCCUCUUCUGCUACAUGGGAUGUCUUGCCUCAGACAAUGAGUGUGCAGUGUGGUGACACUUCUCCACAAGUGUUUUUUGUUGUCAACUUCACAAACACACAGCAGAUGCUCGAGGUGAGCAGCACCUGCAGCUGGUUACAGAUUGAGCCUCAAGAAGCUGUGUUAUUGGGGUACAGCACUGUGAGGCUGUGUGUGAUGGCCUGUCCUCCUCAUACUCUUGCCUCACCUGUCACUCAUUCCCUCAAAGUCAUGGGAGAGAAUGAAAGCCGCAGUGCCACCAUCACCCUGUUACCAGCCACGAGGAAGGCCACUGCAACUCAUGUCAAAUCAAGUCAGCCUGUCUCUGCUGCCACUCCCCCUCCUGUAACUGCCAAGCAAGGUCCAAGAAACCCCCAACAGUCCAUGGCUAACAACCUACAGCCUGGUUCCAUUGCUCACCUGUCUGCCACCACAACCAUAUCUCAGUUGAGGGCUUCUGGAAAGUCCUGCCAACCACCACCACACCAGCCAUCCUCUGCUGCCAGUAUUCCUCAUCGCCACACCCAGGGCAUCACUGCAGUCAAGACUCAGCUGCCAGUUUCAAACAUGAAGAGUCAGAGGCAACCUCAGAAGACCCUUGUACAGCUUGAAUCUGAUGAUGUGAGCUUCCCAGACACAAAGACUACUAAGGAGAGCUACGUUAAGGUCACACUGAGGAAUCUUGACAAAGUAGAUCAUUGUGUGCAAGCAGAAGUAACACAGGGCCCAUUUAUGGUAAGACACACACGCUUCACCAUAAAAUCUGGUCAUUAUGCAUGUGUGCCGGUGUACUUCAGACCAACCAGUGCAGAGCUGUGCACAGGUUAUUUGCAAAUAACUGUUGUAAAGGACAAGUUCAUGUUGCCUGUUUGUCUCUCAGGACGAGCUCUGCCUUAAGGUAAAACGUUGCUUGUUGGUUAAUUGGCCAUAUUAACUUUAUGUUGCUUAAUUCCUAAACAAUCUGUGAUAACUUAGUAAUCCUUUUUACACACUUUUUUUUUUUGAAAGCAGCUGUGGUUGCUCCAUUAGUGAUGCUUUUAGAGGAACAGGAUUUGGCACUUGGUUCUUAGUUAGUGAUUUACCCAUAGUCCGUUGGCUUGAAUCUAAACAAUUCAAGCUAAAUAUAGUUUAUAUUAAGUUCUGCAGCUAUUUAAUUAGGGAUAGAGGCUGGAUAAAUUAUCACAAGUAAUUGAAUGCACUAAUUGCUCAUAUAAGAAGUCUACUUAAGAGAAUAUGUAUACAUAUUUUGUGCCAUUGGCAGGAAUGAACUAAUGUAAAAUAACAGCACCCAGCCCCACUGUAUAUGCCAUGAAGCCUGAUUCUCAGUGCUUUAUUGAUUAUGAAACAGACAGUAAAGGCUGGUUCACAUGUAUCAAUUUGUGACUGAUAUUUUACACACGUAGAGUUUCUGACUCAUCCCUUCUAGUCGGAAAGUGUCAGAUGUAGCGCCUGGAAAAUAUUGACUAGUUGGCGCCUUGGCGGGAAGUGAAUGUAAACAAACAGCUACCUGCCAAGGUGUCGUCCUCCAGUAACGAUGCUGAAGCUGUGGUUGCUCUUCUUUUGGUGUAAUGGAAGAGUCAACAGAACAGAAAAUGCCUGUGGAUACAUCUCUGGCUAAAUAGAAGGAAAGAAAGGAGUGUCUACCACACUCUAAAGUAGCCUACAUUUCUCUCAUAAGACUA